CUGUCACAAACGUACUUAGCACUACAUUCCAUUUUAUUACGUAUCCAGCAGACAGCAACAGCGUUGGCGUGUCCAUGAUGGCAUGGCAGCAAGCCACGGCAUGUUGAUAAGGAACGAUGCGAUGUGUGAUGAUGAAGGAAAAGGCAAAUCGGAAAACAAAAUACUUUCCAUUCCACUGAUUUCAUUCAUCGUCUUGCUCUCUUCGCGAACAGAUCAUUCAUUUAGCUCUGGCUGAAGCUUUAAUGUGAUGGAUCUUCACAACAAUAAAAGUACCCACUAAAACAUGCAUUUUAAAUGGAUAGUUCGAAAGCCCACGGGAUCUAUGGGUGCCCAUUUGUGAACAAAGUUUCAUUUUGUUGUGCCUCAAACUCAAACUAUGUGAAAUAGUUUCCCUUCACGGGUUAACAGUGAGUGGCGUAAAGUGCAGGUGGCGCAUUAUAACGGUGCAAAGCGACAUAAAGUACAACACACCAAUUAACAUAAAGAGUGAUUGUUUGAGCAGAUGUAAACAUAUUGCGGCUCGGGCCGGAGUGCAUAAUCCGUCAGUGUUAGUGUGUGCAUUCGGGUUUGUUUUGAUAUUCAGCAUCGUACUCUGGGACGGACGGACUAAAGCAGUAGCCGUACAGUCGACGGCUCCUAAACCAUACAGACUGUAACAGCCACGGUGACUCCAACCUGUGAAGCGCAGAAAUCCAGCCGCUAAAAAACUACGCGAGAGUAGUUGAAACCACUGCCACCGGCCUCCGUCACCACCGCAGCGCAGCGCCCCCGUCAGCCGUCACCACCGCAGUUGUCAGCGCAGCCAAACCGCGCCGGAUAGCGCGCGUGUUUGGUAUUCUAGGCACAGCCAUCCACAGUGCCGAGCCACUCGAUCGAUCGAUCGACCGACCGUCCCACAUCUUUCAACUCAAUCUGCCUCUAGCAGCGUUCGAGUAGCGUUAGUCUUUUCCAGUGCCUCUCGGUGUGAACAUCGGUUGAUCCGUCCGUCCGAGAAAUUGAACGUCGCCUCUCCGUCGUUUGGGCGCUAACCGUAGGUCUUCCUGUCCUGAAGUUCGAAUACAAACCAUGAUCAUAGUGUAGUGUGUGGCAAUUGAUGAAGAAAAGUGCCCAUUACGCAAGUUCAAUUAGUGUCUGGCUCUACCUGUUACUAAAGUCACUUGUGGUCAAGUCAUAACAGUGAACGUGUGUGAAACAACCAUAAUUAGGGCCAAAGGUGCAAUCGUUGCUUCGGUGACCUAAUGCCUUCGACACAGGUCAUUUGAAUGCCAAUCUUCGCCACGUGUUGUUCCUUACCUGCUUGAAUAAUAGCUUAAGAAGCUGGAAAUAGGAAGUUAAUUUAUCAAGUGGUUAAAAAUGAGUGUGAUUUGCUUACACCCGGCGUUGCUUCUGUUUGGUGCAUUGCUAGCUGGUAGCGGCUUCCGGUUCGUCAUUGGCAACGACAAUCUGCGGGUUGCUUAUCAGUGGAACCAGAUCGACUUCGAGUUUCCCAGCGAAACAGAACGAGCGGAAGCGCUCAGCUCAAGAUCGUUCAUUCCGGAGAAUGUGAUUCCAGUUGGUCUAGAAGUGUAUAAGAAGCGCCUGUUUCUGACUUUGCCCCGAUGGAAAACUGGAAUACCGGCUUCGUUGGCCUAUAUUAACAUCAAUGAAACCAACACAAAGUCGCCAAAAUUAAGGCCCUACCCCAGCUGGAAUGCUCACCGUCAGCUGAGCACGGAUGAAGCACCGGAGAUCGUGUCCCCGUUCCGGAUACGAGCCGAUCGAUGUGGCCGUCUCUGGGUACUCGAUACCGGAGUGUCCGACAUUCUCGGAGAUCUGAAGGUGGAAAGCCCUACGUCGCUGCUGGUGUACGACCUGCACAAUGACAAUCUACUUCGGCGGUACAAAUUCCCCAAAGAUCACAUAAAGGAAAACUCUUUCUACGCGAACAUCGCCAUUGAAGAUACCGAUUGUGAUGACACUUACGCUUAUGCGGCGGAUCUCGGAGCUCCAGGGCUAGUGGUGUAUUCUUGGAAGUCGCAGGAAUCGUGGCGCAUUCAGCAUCAUUUCUUCCACCCGGAUCCGCUGGCCGGCAACUAUACAAUCACAGGCAUUUCCUUCCAGUGGGAUGAUGGUCUGUUUGGAAUAGCUCUUUCUAGGCCACAAAGCGACAAUUUUUCAACCCUCUACUUCCAUCCACUAAGCUCGACUAAUGAGUUCGCUGUGUCUACCAGAAUACUUCGAAAUCAAACUCUUGCAACAUCGGAUAAGAUCUAUCGUGAAUUCAAGGUUCUAGGAUCACGUGGUCCCAAUGGACAGGCCGGAGUUGCUUUUCUUGAUCAGAAAACCGGUGUCAUUUUCUAUGCCUUGUUAAACCUAAAUGCCGUGACUUGUUGGAAAACAUCCAACCGAGCCUACACCAUCAAAUCUCUGGGACGGGUGUAUAUGAGCGUAACGGAUAUGGUGUUCCCGAACGAUGUUAAAGUGGACGACGAAAGCAAUCUUUGGGUUCUAUCAGAUCGAAUGCACCAGUUUAUGUACUCUAAUCUCGACCCGAAAGACACUAACUUCCGUAUCCUAACGGCAACCGUGAAAGAUGCCAUCGAGAAUACCGCCUGUGAUACAAAGAUCAAACCCCUGCCAGACAUCAUUACCAAUCUGGGAGAUAUCCUACGACCGUCGACUACAACUGUUUCGCCCAAAUCCCGAUCCGGUGCAUCGGCAGUGCUAGUUUCCAAUUUACUUGUCACGAUUGGAAUAUUAGUCAAGUUGUUUCUGUAGGCCCAACUGGUAGCAGUAUUCCUAGGAAGAAACGGUGCUCAAAAGAAGCUUUUUUCUGCAGUUAACAAUUUCAAAAUUAGCUAUGUCUAUUUCUAUCGGAACUACAACCAAUAUCGAGCACGGUCCAGAAUAAGGGGGCAAAACACACACACACAAAACAGUCACAUAAUUUUAAGAUUGAAGGCUCUAAUCUUCAGGAUUGUAGGUUAAGCAAAGAACAGCUAUUGUAAAUUAUUUUCUUCUGUAAGUAUUAAACAAAGAACGCACUUAGAUUGAAGCAUCAGAGUUGUAUGUAUAUCGAAAGCAGACAAAUGUCACCGUAGCAUUACCAGAAGUACAGCAUAUUGACUAAUCAGUAUUGGGGACAAGCAUUUGUUUCCUGUUUUACAAUUUGUAGAUUAUAUCAUCGGUUGAAAAAUAAAAUUCUACCUAGAACAAAUGUAUCCUAGCGUUUAGAAAGCGUGAAUUAAUUGAACAAGAUGUGCUAUAAUAGCUUAAAUGUUUUAAUCUGUUUAUUGAUAAUUUUUGGAAACGAAUAAAAAAUAAAUUUAAUUUGUAUAAACAUAAAUAAAGCAAUCUA